CGACGUACUGUGCCUUAGGUGCCAUACCUUUGAGUCCACGAAACACCAUCCAAACAACAACCAAGACCGUCGCUUGCAAAUCAACCAGUAUUUGAAUUAAUCACAGCAAACUCACAACCGAGCAGCUUGUAUCGACCGUUAGAUUGUCAGAACGAGACGCAAACCCGAUUCCUGAUCGUCGCAUCAUUCCCACCAGAUCCCGGGAUUCUCAAUCCCCAACACAAUCAUGCCUUCCGCCACGGGUCAGAACUGGGAAAAGUACCAGAAGAACUUCGCAGAUGACGAGAUUGAGGAGAAGAAGAUCACACCUCUUUCCGAUGAAGAUAUCCAGGUUCUCAAGACAUACGGCGCUGCACCUUACGGCGCCGCUUUGAAGAAACUGGAACAACAAAUAAAAGAGAAGCAGCAGAGUGUUGACGAGAAGAUCGGUGUCAAGGAAUCGGACACAGGACUCGCGCCACCACAUCUCUGGGAUGUAGCUGCCGACCGACAACGGAUGUUGGAGGAGCAACCGCUUCAGGUAGCGCGGUGUACCAAGAUCAUCCAGGACGAAAAGGACGAGUCGAAGAGCAAAUAUGUCAUCAACGUUAAGCAGAUUGCCAAAUUCGUCGUGCAGCUUGGCGAGCGCGUUAGUCCGACGGAUAUCGAGGAAGGGAUGCGUGUUGGCGUGGACAGGAACAAAUACCAAAUCCUCCUGCCUUUGCCCCCGAAGAUCGAUGCCAGCGUUACCAUGAUGACCGUCGAAGAGAAGCCCGACGUAACCUACGGUGACGUCGGUGGUUGCAAGGAGCAAGUCGAGAAGCUUCGUGAGGUUGUCGAGAUGCCAUUGCUGUCACCAGAGCGAUUCGUCAACCUCGGCAUCGACCCGCCAAAGGGUGCGUUGCUCUACGGCCCUCCUGGAACAGGCAAGACGUUGUGCGCUCGGGCGGUUGCAAACAGGACAGAUGCCACGUUCAUCCGUGUCAUUGGAAGCGAGCUGGUGCAGAAGUACGUCGGCGAGGGUGCCCGUAUGGUUAGGGAGUUGUUCGAGAUGGCAAGGACGAAAAAGGCAUGCAUUAUCUUUUUCGACGAAAUCGACGCUGUUGGUGGAGCACGGUUUGACGACGGUGCCGGUGGUGACAACGAAGUUCAACGCACUAUGCUGGAGCUGAUUACCCAGCUUGAUGGUUUCGAUGCUCGCGGAAAUAUCAAGGUCAUGUUUGCAACCAACAGGCCUUCCACUCUCGACCCCGCUCUCAUGAGACCUGGACGUAUCGACCGCAAGAUCGAGUUUUCUCUGCCUGACCUCGAGGGGCGUGCCAACAUCCUCAGGAUUCACGCCAAGAGCAUGUCGGUCGAGCGUGACAUCCGCUGGGAGCUUAUAUCCCGCCUCUGCCCCAACGCCACAGGUGCCGAGCUCCGAAGCGUGUGUACAGAGGCCGGCAUGUUUGCCAUCAGGGCCAGGAGGAAGGUGGCAACGGAGAAGGACUUCCUCAGCGCGGUCGAGAAGGUCAUCAAGGGCAACCUCAAGUUCAACUCUACUGCCUCAUACAUGCAGUACAACUAAUCAUUCUGUUCUUGCAUUGCGUUGGGAAAGACGGCUUGCAUGAAGGCCUGCGGCAAACGGCGUCAGGCGCAUAGUUUUAGUCAGGAACCCAGGUACGCACUGGUUGUACUAGUAGUUAGACACACUUCCCCAGGUACCACGGUACUUGAUUUCAUGAAUCUUUAGAUGAGAUCUUAGGCGGGUGAAUGUGCGUGAUCUGCUAUAUACAUUAGGUUCUUAUGAACGAAGUUAUUCCGAGUCCUGAGUAUCCUGUGUUUGGUUCACCCGUCUCCCCCAUCCGGUCCAUAAUGUGACCUUCAAGUCAUCACCGGGACGCAACUUCGAUGCGAAAUCGAGCCCUGUCAUCCGGCGUGGACAUCAUCCAUUUCUCGUGCAUCACGUCUUGUAGCUUCGCGUUGGCGUAUCCUUUCCCGAAUUUCUUCCAUGUCCUGUAAUCCAUGGGAUCCAACCAGACAGCCAUAGCAAAUAUCCACAAAAAAUGUGAAGUUGAAGCCCGGUUGAGCCAGUCCCAUCCUUCUACCAGCCAAGCGAGCUUUGUCUGUCUUUCCCAUUGGCCCACAAGUCUCCAGUACUGAUCGAGGAUUUACGCUGGGUAGUAGCCUCGAGCGACCGUUGUCGAGUGAAGUACAAGUCGUGUUUGGGAAAAGGCUUUGCUACUGUGGGAUCAUGUGCGUCUCGAGACUAAGUAGUACUACAAAUCGACACAUAUCACCGCAGAAUGCGCUGUUUGCAGCAGAGCAAACUCCUCUGGCGUUGUCUUUAUACAAACGCAUCAACGUUGUAAACAUCCAAGACAAAUGACGUCUCCGUCUACGCCUUCCUCCACGCAACACCGACUGCAUACCAUCUGGCGGUGACCCCAGGUGCCUGGUCUUGGCCAAGUCCGAGAAGAUCCAUUGUCCUCGUUUCCUCCCAUGCAGUUGGCAGCCCCUCGUUCAUCGACGUCUUCCAUAGGCAUCGACGAUGGGUCGACGUGGUCGUGUUCCUCCCUAUCCCAGCCCAGGCACUCGCGUAUGCAAACAUAACAAGUCCGCAUGCCACAUCCCUCACAGUCGGCAAAAGAGUCCAGGUCCGAUUUCUUCGUGGGCCGUCUUUGACAGAUGUGGCAGGGCGCAAGAGUAGACGUAGCAGGCGCUGGUGCUGAAGUCGUUCUUGCCGGUGGAUAUGGCCGAGAGCUGUGGCUAGUUUGCUGGAGUGCUUCGUGAAAGGAUAUUGAAGAGAUAUGUGCUACUUUUGGCUGGCGGACUUGGGCAGCCGCUAUUAUCCGACGAUGUUGGUCUCGGCUUAAAUUGUGAUCCCCGUCUGCAGGUUCGCCGUCCAUACGAAGCCUCUUUGUAGCGGUCUGAAGUGGAACCAAUGUCUUUCUCGCAAACAAAGCAUUGUGGGUAUGUUCGUCUUGGUGCAGCAGCUGGCCGCUGCUCGUCAUGAGAAUGGCUCGGUCGGCGGCAUGAUAGUGGUGCUGUCGUGGCAAGGACGUAGUUGUAGUUAUCUUGUAUUGUACAGCUGAGUUGUAUGCAUGCCGAUUUUCUUCGGGCUCUGCGCUGUCGUCCUCCUCUCGCCUCCGCUUCUUCGAGGUGCAAACCAUCGGCUCUUGCUGCGUCACGGACGGCAUUGCAUCCAGGACGCUUAGUACCAGCUACUGCGGCAGGCUCUUGGUCGGGAUGGAUAUUGUGGGCAAUGCACGAUUGAUCGGUGGCUAUUGAGUGAAACCGUCUGAUAGUUUGCUGUGGGCAAAGGCCAGCAACCAAGAAUCUGUGCCUUGAAUUGUCCAGUCGUUCGUAUCAAAGGCGGAAAUGAAGUGAGCGUGAAGGAGCGAAUAGCUUCCCAAAGAAGAAGAGUAGGGAAGCCUUGUUAGGCGUUGUUGUUGUUGUUGAUGCAUGGAUUGUAGUAGGUGCCGGAAGGAACUUGGCCGGGUGCCGUUGCUAG